UGACUGUCGAUUCCAAGCUGUAGUCACUGCAGGCUUUGACCUGCAUGCUAACAUCUCUCCUACCUUCUUUUAAACCAGAAUAAGCCACAGUGCUAACAGAUCUUCUUACUUUCUCUGUGAGCCUGAGCAGUCUAUAAAGUCUUAUCAGAUGGAUAAUGGAGACUGGGGGCAUAUGAUGACUCACCCAGUCACCUUAAAUGUUGGAGGCCACCUCUACACCACCUCGAUAUCCACGCUCCAGCGGUACCCCGACUCUAUGCUGGGUGCCAUGUUCCGUGGUGACUUACCAACCACGCGAGAUACUCAAGGACACUACUUCAUUGACAGGGAUGGCACUCUGUUCCGCUACAUAUUGAACUUCCUACGCACAUCUGAACUGACUCUGCCAGGUGACUUCACGGAGAUGGAUCUCCUGCGUAAAGAAGCUGAUUUUUAUCAGAUCGAGCCCUUAAUCCAAUGCCUCAGUGACCCAAAGCCACUGUACCCUCUAGACACCUUUGAACAGGUGGUAGAGCUGUCCAGUACCCGCAAACUCUCUAAGUACUCAAACCCAGUAGCUGUCAUCAUCACCCAGCUGACCAUAACCACUAAAGUGCACUCACUGCUGGAGGGAAUCUCCAACAAUUUCACCAAGUGGAAUAAACACAUGAUGGACACAAGAGACUGUCAAGUGUCCUUCACCUUCGGACCUUGUGACUACCAUCAAGAGGUAUCUCUAAGAGUUCACCUCAUGGACUACAUCACUAAACAGGGCUUCACAAUCCGAAACACUCGUGUCCACCACAUGAGCGAGCGUGCCAAUGAGAACACAGUGGAGCACCACUGGACUUUCUGCAGGCUAGCUUACAAAGUAGAAGACUGACAAAGCUCCAAACUGUUCUAAACUGCUGAUGCCAGUGCUAUAAGUUAAUUAAUCUGCAUAUAUUUAAUUGUUUGUUGUAUGACCAAACUCAGUAAUGAGAGAAAAAGGGAAAAUAGUAAUGUAACACUUAUCAACCAAAUCGUUGUUUUAUACAUUCGGCUAGUGUUUUUUUUUUUUUUUUUUUGCAAUAUAAGAUCAUUCCAGGUAGUGUCAAGGUCAGGACAAGUUUAAUCCAUGUGCUGUAUCCCACUAUAGGAUCCACAAAUAUGCAGACAGCUUUUAGUCCAUCAUGUAGCAAAAUAAUUAUUCAUAUAUUCACUCUAGAUUAAAAACAAUGAAUUUGCACUGUGUGCAACGUCACAAUGCUGAAUGCAUGCAUGUUAUAACAUGUACUUUAAGUAUUAAAUUGUCAUGUCAAAUUGGA